CCUCCAUCUCUCUAUACCAUCCGUCUUUUCUCCAUCACCUUGCUUUCCAAUUAUCUAACCUACUAUCUUCUAACUCUCAUCCAUAUCCCAAUCUUUUCUGUACUUUCUCUCUCCUUCAACUCCAGCCGCUGGGCAAAAUCAGAGGCAACGAUGGUGGGAAUCCUCCAUUGGCACCAGGGAAGACCAGCUGCAAAUAUCAUUGAUUUUCAACAGCAACAAACAUGUAUUCUUUCCACUCUCCCUUCUCGAGGUCCAGCAGCAGCAGAACCGACGCGGAAGGCCACAUAGAGAAGAAGAAUGCGAACGAAGACGAAGGUGGCUGAACUUUCACCUCUGAGCAAUGGCCACAGCGUUCUCGUUCUGUUUCUGAGUUACUACGCCUUCUAUGGAGUCAGUGGUUGAUAAUGGAAUAGUUGGACGUGAAACAAAAAGCAACAAGAAAUCAUCGGGUCCAAGAGUCUCCAAUAGCCUUCCUUUGAGCUCCUGCUCAACAUCUCGGUCUCAACCUCUUAAACAGUU